AUGGGUCCCAAUAACAAGGAUAUUGUUAUAUUUGCCACCAAAGAAGACCACCAAGUUCCUAGUAAAGUCAAACUGCCAGAGCCUGAUCCCCAGCCAGGUCUAAUAUUACCUAAUGGAGAUAUAAAUUGGAAUUGUCCAUGUUUGGGGGGGAUGGCAACGGGUCCUUGUGGGGUGGAAUUUAGAAAUGCAUUUAGUUGUUUUCAUUAUUCAGAAGCAGAACCUAAAGGUAGUGAUUGCUAUGAGCUUUUCAAAACCAUGCAAAGUUGUAUGCAGCAAUACCCAACCUUGUACAACAAAGACUUGGCUGAUGAUGAUGAUAUGAAAAGUUUGGGUGAUGUUGAUAAUAAAGUAGAAAACAAGAGUGAACCUCAACCACCAGCAGCUACUAGUUCAAACUAA